AUGGUAGCACUUACCGAGCAGCAGCAGCAGCAGCAGCAGCAGCAGCAGCAGCAGGGAGAGGAUGUAGUGCACCCUUCGCGCGCGAGCCUCAAGGCCCUGGUGGCCGACAACCCGCUCCCGCACGUCGCGCCGGGGAUCGUCGACAGGGCCGCCAUGACGGGCGGGCGGUGCGCCGAGGCGGCCCUCGCGGUCCUGGGCGCGCUCAACGCGGCGCUGGCGGCGGGCGACGCGGCGGCGGGCGAGGCGUGCUUCCACCCCGGGCAGGCGUACUGGCGGGAUAGCCUCGCGCUCACGUGGCACCUGCGCACCUUUUUGACGGGGAGGGUCGCGGCUGCCGCGCUCGUCGAGACGGCGGGGAUGAGAGGCUUAGGUGGGGGGUUUGCCGUCGUGGGUGAUGUCGCGUUCCAGCCCGAGUUUUGCAUGCUUGACUGCGCCUUGGCCUUCCGGACCGAAUCACCGGCGGCAACCUGCUCCGGCAGAGCACUUCUACUCCCCGUCCCGAGUGGAGAGGACGCCCCGGUCGAGUGGAAGAUCUGGAUUUUAUCCACCAGGCUCGAAAACCUCGAUGUGCACCCGGAAAACGAAGGGCUGCUCCGGAGUCCGGGGAUGGGGCUUGACGACAACGGCGACUUCGAGACUGACGUCCUGAUCGUUGGGGCCGGCAAUGCAGCCGCUUCUCUCGCCGCCCGGCUUAAAGCGCUAGGAGUCGGGAGUGUUAUGGUGGAGCGCAACGCGAGGGUGGGCGAUAACUGGGCGCUCCGGUACGACAGCCUCAGCUUCCACGUGCCGACAGCGUAUGCGCACAUGCCGUAUCUGCACUACGACGACAGGCUGCUCAAGCAGACUCUCUCGCGUGACGAGCUCGCCAAGCACAUGCAGCGAUACGCUGAGGAGUUUCAUCUUGAUGUCGUCACGUCCGCCACGGUUCGGUCUGCGCAGUACAACUUGGCGUCUAAGCGGUGGACGGUCCAGAUCGAGACGCCGACGGGGCUGAGGGCCGCCAUUGGCAAACACUUGGUGCAAGCGACGGGCGUCGGCUCACAGCAGCCAUACAUGCCGCAAGUAGCCGACAGGCAAGCGUACAAAGGCAUCAGCAUGCACUCGGCCGACUACAAGAACCCACAGGCGUCGCUCGGGGCCGCGCGCAGGGUGGCGGUUGUGGGCGCGGCCAGCACGGCGUGGGACAUUGUGCGCGACCUGCACAAGGCGGGGGCCGAGGUCGUCAUGGUGGCCAGGUCGCCAAUCUACAUCCUCCCUUUCGACCACAUUUCGCACCCGUCCACGCUAGGUCUGUACAACUUCAACGCGAAAGCGGCCGACGCCCUGCUCAUGGCCAUGCCGACCUUUGUCGACGCCCAGAUCGGAGCCAUGUGCCUAGCGCGCCUAGCGGCCGCCGAGCCGGAUAGGUACAUGGCGCUAGCGGCGGCGGGGUUCCCGGUGGUCGACAGCGCGCACCCGUCGCGCCCGUCGCUGCAGGCGCAUCUGAUCGAGCGUGGCGGCGGGCACUACGUCGACACGUGCGGCGCGACGGACCUAGUAGCCCAGGGCAAGGUCGGGCUCAAGGCCGGGGUCGAGCCGGUGGCCUUUGUUGAAACGGGGCUGCGGCUGAGUGACGGGUCGGCGGUGCAGGCGGACGCUGUCGUCUGGUGUACCGGGUUCCGCGACCGCGACGCGCGCAAGACGGCGGUCGAGGUCCUGGGAGGCCGGCUCGAAACGAAAGAGAAGGGGGAGGAAAACACGAUGGGGCCGAGCGAGGUGGCGGCCGGCAUGGACGGGACGUGGGGGGUGGAUGGCGAAGGCGAGAUACGGGGCAUGUGGAAGCGGGCGUUGGGGCUGGAGCAGCGCGGCGUGACGUUUUGGGUCACGGGCGGCCACACGCAGUUCCACCGCUACCACUCGGCGACGCUGGCGCUGCAGAUCAAAGCCGAGCUGGAGGGGCUGCUGCCGCCGGCGUACCGCAAGACGCCAGUGGUGAGUGGUACCUUUAGCCGCGAGCGGCUUUGA